AUGAGACCAUUUGGACGUGAGGUAAUAUCGGUUCAUGUUGGACAAGCAGGUGUACAAAUUGGAAAUGCUUGUUGGGAAUUGUAUUGCUUGGAACAUGGUAUUCAACCAAAUGGUAUGAUGUUGGAUGAUCAAAUAAUCGAUUCGGAAGAUGACUCAUGCAAUACCUUUUUUGCAGAAACAAUUCAUGGUAAGCAUGUUCCACGAGCAAUUUUCAUUGAUUUGGAACCAACUGUUGUAGAUGAAGUUCGAACUGGGACUUAUCGAUCGUUAUUUCAUCCCGAACAACUUAUAACCGGAAAAGAAGACGCUGCUAAUAAUUAUGCUCGCGGUCAUUAUACAAUUGGAAAAGAAAUUAUUGAUGUCUGUAUGGAUCGUAUUAGACGUAUGAGCGAUAUGUGUAGUGGUUUGCAAGGAUUUUUAAUUUUUCAUUCAUUUGGUGGCGGUACUGGCAGUGGUUUCUCAUCAUUGCUUAUGGAAAGUUUAUCUGUCGACUAUGGCAAAAAAUCAAAACUUGAAUUUAGCAUUUAUCCAGCUCCAAGGAUUAGUACAGCAGUUGUUGAGCCAUACAAUUCAGUCUUAACAACUCAUACAACUUUGGAACAUUCUGAUUGCUCAUUUAUGGUUGAUAAUGAAGCAAUUUAUGAAAUUUGUCGAAAAAAUCUUUCUAUAACAAGUGAACGAGCUUUUCACGAACAGUUAACGGUGCCUGAAAUAACAGGUCAGUGUUUUGAGCCUGGUAAUCAAAUGGUUAAAUGUGAUCCGAGACAAGGAAAAUUUAUGGCAUGCUGUUUACUUUUUAGAGGUGAUGUUGUGCCUAAAGAUGUUAAUGUGGCUAUAGCAGCAAUAAAAACGAAGCGUUCAAUUCAAUUUGUCGAAUGGUGUCCAACUGGUUUCAAAGUAGGUAUCAACUAUCAACCUCCUACAGUUGUACCUGGUGGUGAUUUAGCGAAACUUCAACGAGCUGUUUGUAUGUUAGCCAAUACAACAUCAAUCGCUGAAGCCUGGGCUAGGCUUGACUAUAAAUUUGAUUUGAUGUAUGCAAAGCGGGCCUUUGUUCAUUGGUAUGUUGGUGAGGGAAUGGAAGAAGGAGAAUUUGCGGAAGCACGCGAAGAUUUGGCAGCGUUGGAAAAAGACUAUGAAGAAGUAGCCGUGGACAGUUUUGAUUCAUAUUAA